GCUUAGAGAGUUGACCAGAAAACGCGGGAGUCCACGUGUAUUCAAGUACCCGAUUCGUACCCGACCCGAAUACCCAUUUUCGUCGGAUUCAGUAUUCUACUUCUUCUUCUUCUCUGGUCUCAAUUGACCAAAAAUUCUUGCUCGAAAGUGCCCUAAAACCCCUUUUGUGUAUACAAAGUUUUAUAUAUACGUUUUUAUUUUUCAGUUAUACAAUUUUCAGGCUUCUUGCACAGGGAAGAAAACUAUCAAUGGAUGAUCGUGACGAUGAUUUGAAAAUUCUGCUCUCAGCUUUAAAGGAUGGUGGCAUGUAUGUUGGAGAGGAGGAGGAGGAGGAGGAAGAAGACGAGGAGGAGGACGAAGAGGAUGAUGAAGAUGAAGAUGUUCAUGAUGAUAAUGUAAAGACGGAUUUGGCAUGCCCAUUUUGUUCAGAAGACUUUGAUAUGCUUGGAUUGUGCUGUCACAUUGAUAGCGAGCAUCGGAUAGAGGCUAAGACCGGGAUAUGUCCUCUAUGUGCUACCAAGGUGCGAACAAAUAUGGCUACACACGUCAUCGUGCAGCAUGAAAGUAUAUUAAAAGCACUUUGCAAAAGGAAACAUAGAAAUGGUGGAUCUUUCUCAGCCUUAUCCUUACUGAGGAAAGAGUUGUUGAGUGUUUAUUUGGAAAAGAAGUCCAGCCAUGUUAGUUCUUCCUCAAAUACGGAAACCAACCAGCUACUGUUAUCAUUUGUUGGCAAUCAGCAGCCUGCCAAAAGAUCUCCUACAAGACAGCCCUGCACUUCAGCCGAACCAAGUCUAUCCAAGAACAGCCUAGAUGACCAUAUUAGUGAAAGAAGCUCCCAAGCAUUUCCUUCAAUGGACAAGGAUCAGGAAGAGAAGGUCCAGAGAUCUGAAUUCGUGAAAGGACUAUUGUUCUCCACCAUACUCGAAGACUGGUUAUGAAAUUGAACCACCCUGCUGCUUUUCCGUUCUAUGGCUAACUAGCACAGAAGCUUUUUGAAGAUGCUCCUCGAUACAUGCUGAUAAAUUUACUAGCAGCUAGAGGCUGUUAAUUAGAUGGAGUUAAAGCUUUCCUCGUCUCCUAUUGACUUGCUCCCAUUUGGAUGACGUGGUUGCUUAUGUGAAGAUAUGUCCAAUUGAUAUGCUUUAACAGAAGAACUUGUUUCAAAUGACGUGACUUUGGCAUGCUAUUUCUUUUUCCUUUUUUUUUUCUGCCAACUGAUGUAGCAUAUACUAUGGCUUCUUGACUAUAUAUAUCCCCGACUAAAAAACAGAAGUUCUUCAUUCUUAUAGUCAGAUCCAAAAUGAUUUGAUUAUGAAGUAGCAUGUUUACAGUUAUUGUCACAUUCUGCAAAAGAAAUU